UUCUCCGCAAAUUGUGCAUUUUUUCAUCACCGUGUACGUAGAAGCGUGGUUGGUGGUGGUGUUACGACCCGUUAACGAUCGAUUAGUAUGCGUUGAUCCUGUCUUGGAAGUAGAGCGGUGUUUUUUGUCCUCAGACCUCAGAGAACUGCUGAUACAGAACAAAACUAACUCAAAACAAGCGAGAUAAAAAGUGUGCUCUUUGUGAUCCUUUUCUUGAUGUGAAAUUCGAAACCCUUUUUCGUAUGUUUCUUUUGUGCCGUCGAAGAAAAAACUGGUUCUGUAAAAUAAUCGCUUUUAUGUUGUUUCGGUGAAGAUGAGUCUGAAGUGAUCGUUUAUUUACGUCCGAUUUUCAACUGGUUGAGGAUCGCCUAGGAAACAUAAAAAUGGCUCCUGCGAUCCUGUGAUUGAUGUUGGCGGAAGAUUUAUUGAAGAAACAGCAGUGCGGUCGGUAAAUCUAGUUAUCCUCGCGGAGUGUCAAGGAAGCAACUGGUGAAAGUGAUUUGUUUACGGGGUGCCUGAUUGGCGAAGAUUAAAAAAAAAAGCGGAUCAAGGACGAAACGAUACGAUGGCCAACAACAACAAGGAAAGCACCCAGCCAAACACCCAAACGGGAACCCAGAGCGGACUGUGGAGUCAGAUCGAGAGUCAACCGGUGGACAGCAUCGUCUAUGGCCGGCUUUACGCGAAGAAUCUAAAGAUCAAAAGCCUCGGUACUAAAAAAGCUCUUCCACUUAUACCCCGAAAUGCAUCCUGCAGCUAUGAUCUGUCCGUUCCAGAGUUUUUAGCCGGAAGGAACACAACCAACCACCUGUGCAUUGGCAAGGACCAUUUGCCGGACAAAAUUCUCAGCAGAAUCUCGAACUACCACUUUUGCAUCACCAAGGAUAUGGAGGAUUUGAACAGUCCCACGUUCAUAGAGGACAAAUCUCGCAACGGAACGUUUGUCAACGGUCACCUGAUUGGAACGAACAAGAAAAUGAUCCUCAAGAACGACGACAUCAUAGCGCUAUCCCACCCGAGCUACAAAGCCUUGGUGUUCAAAGAUCUGACUCCCAGUGAGGCCAAAGGUCUCCCGAAGGAGGUCAAAGACACGUACUAUGUGGGACGGAAGCUUGGUUCUGGCGCGUGUGGAGUUGUCCACCUGAUUUACGACACCAAAACCUGCACGCCCUACGCCAUGAAGCAUGUGGUGAAGAACCUCCUAGGCGAGUACAGUAAGCCGAAAAUUCUGAACGAUCCCCAGCGGGUGAUGAACGAAGUCAACAUCAUGAAAAGUCUGGAACACCCAUGUGUAAUAAAAAUGCACGACAUCGUCAACAAAGCAGAUUCCGUGUUCAUGGUGCUCGAGUACAUGAAGGGCGGCGAUCUGCUGAAUCGCAUAAUCCAAAACAAGUACCUGCCGGAGCAGAAUGCCAAACUGUUCUUCCUACAGAUGUGCCACGCAGUAAAGUAUUUGCACGCCAAAGAUAUCACCCACCGGGAUUUAAAACCGGACAACAUCCUGCUGCAAAACGACGACGAAGAAACCUUGUUGAAGGUUUCCGACUUUGGUUUGAGCAAAUUUGUGCAGAAAGACUCGGUACUGCGAACCCUAUGUGGCACUCCACUGUACGUUGCCCCAGAAGUGCUCCUUACUGGUGGUCGAGGCUCCUACACACGAAAAGUGGACAUUUGGAGUUUGGGAGUGGUCCUAUACACUAUGCUCAGCGGAACAUUACCCUUCUCGGAUGAAUACGGGAGCCCUGCCACCGAGCAAAUCAAACGUGGCAAGUUCUCCUUCCGACAUCGUUCCUGGAAGUCGGUUUCCCCUCAGGCCAAGAAGCUCAUCUACGAGAUCCUAACCAUCGACCCGAAUACUCGACCAUCAAUCGACGACAUCCUCAACAGCUCAUGGAUGCGCGAUCCGGAAGUCAUUCGGAAGGCGGAAAAGCUGAUGAAUGUGCGGCUUACCGGUACCAAAAAGGCAUCCACAUCUGACAUAGAGAACAACAACGACAAGAUCUUUGUGGAACCGCCCAAAAAGCGACAGCGCACCAAAUGACUAGAUUCAGGAGAAAGACCACCCAAUGAGGCAACUGCAAAUGUCGACGAGGAAGAGACACCGGUUCGUAUACAGUUUAGGAAAUGGGUGAAGCUGAAAGUGAGGUUUCGUUAAAAUCCCCUGCAAUCGACGUCAUCAGCAAUGAGAAAAAAACAGUAAGUAGCAAGUGGGCAGCGAACAACAUUGAUAAGGAUUUUUUUGAUUGAUACUUAUUCGGAACUGAUAAUGUAGCCUUUUACGUUCCCUUGCCGACAGGGGACUCGGAUCAAGUACGAUGCUCUCUCUCGUUUGUUUAUAUAUUUCAUAAACGCAUUUUGUAUAGCAUUUAAACAUGUUUUCGUUUCGAUCGGUAGUUGCUAGUGGAAGUUAAACUUUGCUCAGUGGCUCGGCCUUUGAUGCGAGUCAUGAAUGAGCUGGCCAAGUGCAUUUCCCAACGAGAAACUGUUGUUGGUACUAGUAUUUUAAUGCAUGGUAAGGAAAACGUUUAACAUUCAUUGAGUUUGCAUAGACGUAGACACUAUUUUAAACAUGUAAAUAUUCAAAAUAAGUGCACUACAUGUCCUAGAAAACGUCAGCUUCUAAAAAACAUGACAUAGAAUUAAUCAAUCCAAACCAAGAGCGGAAACAUGUUUAACAGAUGCUCCCCUGACUACUCCAUAAUUCCUUUUCUACCAUCAUAAACCAUCGUUCUUUAAACUUCAUGCUAUGUUCUUUUUUUGUAAGCGCUACAAAUCGUAAUGGAAUAAAUAUCUUUCAGUUUGUAUUGAACAUUA